AAAGAUGGCUUCGGCGAGCAGCAUUGCCGCAUCCAUUGCGAGCAAAACCAAGACCAAGAAGAAACACUUCGUCGCUCAGAAAGUCAAGCUCUUCCGUGCGAGCGACCCUCUACUCAGCGUGGUUAUGUGGGGAGUCAACCAUUCUAUAAAUGAGUUGAGCCAUGUUCAGAUUCCCAUCAUGCUCAUGCCAGAUGACUUCAAGGCCUAUUCUAAGAUUAAAGUGGACAACCAUCUAUUCAAUAAAGAAAACAUGCCUAGCCAUUUCAAAUUUAAGGAGUACUGCCCCCUGGUGUUUCGAAAUCUCAGGGAGCGGUUCGGCAUCGACGACCAGGAUUUCUUGAACUCCCUGACACGUAGCGCUCCCUUGAACACUGAGGCCCAGGGAAGAAGUGGGGCCCGUUUCCAUACCUCCUAUGACAAGCGCUACGUCAUCAAGACCAUCAGCAGCGAAGAUGUGGCGGAAAUGCACAACAUUCUCAAGAAGUACCAUCAGUUCAUCGUGGAGUGCCACGGCAACACGCUGCUCCCUCAGUUUCUGGGGAUGUACCGUCUCACCGUGGACGGAGACGCUACUUACAUGAUCGUUACGCGCAACGUCUUCUCACACCGCCUUUCCGUCUUCAAAAAAUAUGAUCUUAAGGGUUCGACUGUGGCACGAGAGGCUAGCGACAAGGAGAAGCAGCCGCCCCCACCAGAGGAUGUGCCCCCGCGGCCCAAAUCUGGUAACGUUCAGCAAAGGCUGCAAACACUGCGGAUCGCUACGCGCUUUUACUGCGCCAUGAAACACGUAAGAGAUGCUAAGGAGCUGCCGACCUACAAGGACAAUGACUUCAUCAAUGACGGUCAAAAGAUCUGCAUCGAUGACGAGAACAAGAAAAUGUUUCUUGAAAAGCUCAGGAAAGAUGUGGAGUUCCUGGCACAGCUAAAGCUCAUGGACUACAGCCUGCUAGUCGGGAUUCACGACGUUGAGCGAGCCGAGCAGGAGGAGGUGGAGAGCGAGGACAACGAGGCGGAGGAGGAGGGCGGGGAGAGCGACGGGGGAGUCAUCGGGACUCCCCCUGACAGUCCCAGCAACACCCUGGACAGCACUAAGCCCCUGUCGCCGGGAGAGUUUGAUCCCACCAUUGAUGUCUAUGCCAUCAAAAGCAGCGACACGGCUCCCAGGAAAGAAGUUUACUUCAUGGCCAUCAUAGACAUCCUGCAACAUUACGAUGCCAAGAAGAAGGCUGCCCAUGCCGCAAAGACAGUUAAACAUGGCGCCGGAGCGGAGAUCUCCACCGUGAACCCAGAGCAGUACUCCAAGAGGUUUUACGACUUCAUCAACACUAUUUUGUCAUAGCCCCCACGAGCACCGGGAGACGCGCAGCUUCGAAGGGAAGGGAGAGAGAAGCGCAAUGGGUUUUAGGGCGGAGGAAGGAAAUUGUGAGGGAAUUAAGGUGCUGCCAUGACCUUGCCCGUUUUCCUCCCCCCGUCUCUGUUGGGCCUUGCCCUCUCUAACAGUGUGGGUGCCACGCGCCGCAGCAGCUAAAAACAUUGUUCGUUUACAGUUAACCUCUCCUUUUUAUGAGUUGUAUUUGUUUCUAUGGACGUUUUUGUGGAAAUGUGGCUUUUUAUUUGUUUUGCGCCUCGCACGUCAUUCUGGGUGUUUUUACGUCAGACUCGUCCUAUACAGGGCUGGAGGUGGAGUGUGAGUCUGGACUGAUGGGCGAGGGGGUUAAAAGCAGCGCGAUGCUGCAUUUUAGAAAGUAAGCAACAGUCUUCCAAACGGUGCUCGGCAAGAACCAACAUUGACGCACCACCACCUCAGCCCAGCUUUUUGUUCUUCUUGCCGCUCGCUACGCAUGUUGUCCUUUACCGUUUUUUUUUGCGGACUGAGUAAGUACAACUAAGGGAAGUAUCUUUCAAGUCCUCUGACAGGGAGUAAGUCGUGAAAAAGUAACUUUGGGUCUAGAUUCUUUUCGGGAGUCAUCUGCAACCCUGAACAGGCUCUUUGCCAUCAGCACCUUAAAACAAAACAACAACAAAAUCUUGCACUUUUAUUUGUCGUUGCAGUCCAUACACACACGUUCUCGCUUAUGUAGAAGAGCUGCAAGGGCUUUACCUCCAUGUGGGGACCAACCAGCAAAGUAUUAGAUUGGAACAAGAAGGUUUCCGUUUGUCAACAAAAUAACCACAUUGCGUCCUUGCAUGUUCGCUAACAGCAGGAAAAACCUUAAUUGAUAGCCGCGUUCUCCUCGCAAGAUGCUCGCUUUUUAUGCAAAAACAUUUGAGGUUUGUUGGCAACACAACAAAUGACACAAAACAGUACCAGUUAGAUUGGUACAGCACUUUCCCCAACUCACGCUGUCAUCUACUUUUCUCUUCACAAUACAGUAGAAAAUUGAUGAUCCACUCCUGCAAUAGUUUGAUUUACAUAACACAGUACAUGUGAGAGAUGACCGUUUACUCCCAAUGGUUGUGGUGUUUUUUAAAUACGGUUGCAGCCCUCACACAUUUGUGUUACAGUAACAUUGCCCUUCUCCUCUCUUGAAAGUGUUUUUGUGAAAUAAUACGGGAGUUUGUGUCUAGUUUUUGUCCAUGUUAUAUAUUUUGCACACGAGGAAAGGAACCAAAUGUUACGAACAACAAGCCCAAUUAUUCAAUGUGGUCUUAUCAAGGGAAAUGCAAUAUAUAUACUGUGUGUGUGUGUGUGUGUGUGUGUGAGAAAAGUGGUUUGUGCGUGUGACGUUGUGUAAUGUAUAACCAACUAAAACAAGUAAUGUCCUUGACCUACAUAUUAACCCACCAAAAGCUUCCAUCACAAUAUGUUUGUGUAGAUAUCAGAUUAUAUUCACAUUUUAUAUUUUUACAUUGGAUUUAAGUCAUGAAUAAAGUUGUAUUUUAAAAGAAUGACAAAAAUGGAGCCAACCUUUGGGAUGACUGGUGGUGCUGUGGUAAAUGAAGAAUUAUUAUGCUUGAAUUUCUACAAUGUGCUUAGAAAAAAAGUUAUGGAAAAAAAUGUGCAUGUCACAGGACUGAGUUUCCUUAUCUCUCAAGUCAGUGUUGUUGCCUGUUCAGGUUCUUUUUUGUGUCCCUGUGUGUGCUGUUCUAUGUCUUAUAGCCCCCACACCCAUGCACCAUGCUUUGUUUUCAUUGUUACACUGUGCAAGAUGUGUGCCUUUAUACUCCGAAAUUAUUUAAUUUUAUAUUUUGUAAUCUUUUUUUUUUUAAAUAAAUGUCAAAUGUUAUUUUGAUGAUAAGGUGUUUACUUUUGCCAUGUAUCAAUGCCCCUUUACAAAUACACCUCCUUCACUGUAUGUAUAGACAUGUUCAACCAUUUCAAACCACCUAAAACAAGCUGUGUCCCGUUUUGAAAUGGUGGCUAAAACAAAUUCAUCUUUGCGAUUAUUCUCUGCCUUUUUAAUCUGUGUGUGUGUAGAGUGUGUGUUGUGAUUGCGCCUUGUUGUGCUCAUCCUGGAUGUCAACUAUCUUAUCAAUUUUUUUGUUGUGUAACUCUUUGCUUCUUACACUGACUUCUGUUUUCUUGCUUCUACUUAUUUUGUGUGUUGAAAAAAACAAAAACAAUUGGAUAAUAUACACACUCUUGGUUAUGUGAUGCAAAAACAGGUUUCACUUUCAUCCUGUAGUAUGUUCUUUUAGGCCCUGGAGGCUUCCUUUUACACACAAAUGGCGACAGCAGUGCAUGCAGGGAGAAUGAUCAUUUGUUUUAUUGUUUUAAUUGAAGUAACUGAGUAGGAGCCACUGUCAGACUCCAGCAGUGGUAGACUUCCUUGCUGCUGGGCCUUCAAAUGCAUAUUUGUUGUCUUUGCUUGUGAAUGAGCUCUCCAGCUGUCUGUCAACUUGCCAAAAUAUUUUCUUUUCAGCAAACCAAAUGAGCUCAAAGGACAUUGUCACUGCAUCAAUUUUUUGUGUUUUUCAAGCACUGGGAGAUGUCAAAAAGGAAGACACCUUGUGUUUUGGUAUCAAAUGCUGCACAGAACUGAAGGUCAGGUAGACUUUUAAAAUCUCCUUUAUUUGGCUUUUAAUUUUCAAAACUAUUUCCAUUAUUAAUAAAUUAGAAAAGCGGGUGUGUUCAGUGGCAUCACGGCCAACAAAAAAAUGUUUAUUGAUACAUUUAAUAAUACAAUCCAUUCCAUAAGCAUUCACUCAAACCAAUUAAAUCACUUGUUCUGCUUCACUAAAA